AUGGCUAAUACAAAGCCAGAUGAUGAAAUAAUCCUCUUUGAAAGAGAAAUGAAAGAGUUUUGGACCAAAUUAAAAAACAUAUACGGCACUGAACAGAUCAGUCAGACGUUAGCACUGAGAGAUUCAUGCAAGGAGUCCAUAAAAGCACUUUCAGAGAAAUGGUCAAAGAAGCUGAAAGAAGGAGACCUGAUGAUUGAUAAAAUUCAAGAGUAUAGCAAUGAGAUUCUCCAGCAGAACCAAUGCAUAUCAGAAAAUCAAGAGCGGCUGACAGAAAUAAAAGUGAACCUAAAUCAAGAGGAAGAGCAAAAAAAGGACUUGAUGGACAGCAUCCAAGAGCUUAAAGAAGAGCUGUUGAAGAAAAAGGAAAUAAUAUCUUCUAAAAACAAAGCUGCAAAGGAGAGAGUGGAACGACUGUGCAUAUCUAAAGAAUUGUUUAAAGAGCGGCUUGGACUGGAGAUACGGAGAAUUCACGAUGAACAAUUGCAGUUUAUAUUCAGACACAUUGACCAUAAAGAUCCUGACAAGCCAUACUUAUUUACUCUUUCCAUAAAUGAACAAGGGGAUUAUGAAGUGACUUCCUGUACUCCUCCUCUGGACUGUAUACCAGAGUUCCAGCUCAAAGUGAGAGAAACGAACAAUUUUUCUGCGUUUGUUGCCAACAUCAGAAAAGCUUUCACUGCUUUAUCUUACAAACAGUCUGCAUAAAACCACCUUAUACCUCUCUAGCUGUAGAGCACUCUUUUCUUUGCUUCCUGUAUUGUGAAAGUAUUUAUCCAUGUCUUACUCAUUUCUAAAUAAAGAAAGAAUUAAA